AUGGGUUGGUUAAAAUCGAUCACUUCACAACAUUCACCAACAGAAAAGGAAGAAGAAGAAAAAGAAAAAGAAAGAGAGUACCUUCAACAGCAGUCGGCAGCAUCGCAGUUCGCAGCGCAGAAGAAGAAGAAGAAGAAGAAGAAGAAGAAGCAGCAGCAGCCGAAGGGAGAACGACAGUCGACAGAAAAGCAAGAGACUUAUACUAGAGUGAGGGCUCAUUUAUUGAAAAUCACUGGAAAAGAGAUUGGUGUGUGUAAAAAAGUGAUGAAUGAUAGUAUUUCUAAAAUGAGAAAACAGGAGGAUGAGGCAACAAACAAAAUUACCAAUUCACAAUCUAGGCGAGUUUCUUUGCCUAUUAGUAUAACUUCUGUUCUUUCAUUGAAUAUAACUGAACCAAGUAUUUCAGCAGCUUUGAAGAAAAGAAGAGUUAAUGAUUCUCCUCUUGGUAGAGCUUUUGACUUGCAAACUAGAGCUCAAUUAGAUGCAGAGAUUGCUAGAAUGUUCUACACUGGGGGUCUACCUUUUAAUUUUGCUAGAAAUCCUUAUUAUGUGAGUUCUUAUUCUUUUGCUGCUAAUCAUGUUUUGGGUGGUUAUGUGCCACCUGAUUAUAACAAAUUGAGAACCACAUUACUUCAGCAAGAAAAAGCAAAUGUAGAGAGGUUGCUUGAACCAAUUAAAAGCACUUGGUUAGAAAAGGGUGUUAGUAUUGUGAGUGAUGGAUGGAGUGAUCCCCAGAGGAGGCCUUUGAUUAAUUUUAUGGUUGUUUCUGAGUCUGGCCCCAUGUUUAUCAAAUCUGUAGAUUGUUCUGGUGAAGUGAAAGAUAAGCAAUUUAUUGCUAAUUUGCUAAAAGAAGUAAUUGAUGAGCAAAUGGAAACUAAUCAAGAAACUUCUGAUGUGUGUCACUGGAUCACUGAAAUCCAUGGGGAUGUUUUGCAAAUCAAGAAUUUUAUAAUGAAUCAUUCCAUGAGGCUUGCAAUUUAUAAUUGGUUUAGCCCUUUGAAAUUGCUUUCAGUUGCUGACACUCGUUUUGCUUCUAUUGUUGUGAUGCUUAAAAGAUUUAAACUUAUUAGGCGUGCUUUAGAAGCAAUAGUUAUGAGUGAUCAAUGGGCACAAUACCAAGAAGAUGACCAAGGCAAAGCUAGAUUUGUUCGUGAUAAAGUGGUAGAUAAGGAUUGGUGGGAAAAUGUUGAUUACAUCAUUGCUUUUACUGGGCCCAUUUAUGACAUGAUCAAAGUUUGUGACACAGACAAACCAUGCCUUCAUUUGGUUUAUGAGUUGUGGGAUUCAAUGAUUGAAAAGGUGAAGCAAGUUAUUUUUUAUCAUGAAGAAAAGCAAGCAGAUGGGUUUUCUCCUUUUUAUUAUGUGGUUCAUCGAAUUCUUGUUGAUCGUUGGGCAAAGAGCAACACUCCCCUUCAUUAUUUUACAGUGAAAAAUGGCUUCAAGAGGGAGAAGGUAGAGUGCCUCCUCAUAUGGAUGGAGAAUGAACCUUUUGCUGAUCCUGAUUCUAUUGGAAGUAUGUAUGUUACAGAUCCUAGAAAAUGGUGGGCAUGUUUUGGUUCUAAUGCACCUUUACUUCAAAGAAGGAAUAAAUUAACUCCAAAACGUACAGAGAACUUGGUUUUUAUCCAUAAUAAUCUUCGUCUUCUGUCGAGAAACUCCUCCCAAUAUUAUGAUGAGAAGACAAAAUUGUGGGAUAUUGGUGGUGAUCAAUUUGGGAGUAUGGAAGAUGUGGGAGUUCUUGAAUUUGCCAACCUUUCAUUGGAUGAACCAGAGUUAGAGUCUAUUUUGUUUGAUGAAAAUGCAACUACAAGCACGGAGAAGGAGAAAGACAGUGAAGUUGAGGAAAUGUCAUAA